AUGAGUUUCAGCGCCGUGAACCGUGGCAAGCCUGGCCAAAGUAUCCAGCACGUCAAAUUACCACCGCAUACUAAACGUUCUGAUUCUGUGUCGGUUAGUGGGGACUCGACAGAUCCUCCAGCUGGACGACCAAAAAAACAUACCCAAAGCCCAUUUAAGCAACAUCCAGGACCCCUGACAUCAAGUGGCCGGUCAAAUCUUGACGUUGCUUUGAAAAGGCCGCCAACGAGUCUCAGCGCUUACAAAGAGGAUAGCAUUGAGGACGAUGGUUCCGAUGCGCCAGUAAUGUCAGAUUUGACGCCACAGGGAAGACCCAGCACGUUAUCCAAACUAGUCAACGUCUCCAGGCCGUCGGAUCCAGAUGAAACACAGACUGGUGAUUCCAGCAAUGCAACGUCGACAACGCCGGCACGGGGAAGAGGAAGACCUAAGGGAUCGUUUAAAAAACUAAAAAGUUUACCAGGGACAGCUGCAGCUGGUCGGCAGGCCCGACAAAUCAAGCCGCGGCCAUAUCCCGAAGGCUUCGUCGGCUUUCCUAAAAGAAGAGGACGACCGCCAAAACCUCAAUCUCCCCCUCCAAGAGAGCUUUAUUAUCGAACCAACGUUCAGUUUUUCCCCUUUCUGUGUGAGUGGAUGGACUGCAAGGCUGAGCUACACAAUCUUGAGACACUACGACGACAUGUCUCCAAAGUUCACGGUGACUCUAUUGAGUGUCUGUGGGGAAAGUGUGGACGCCUAGAAAGGCCUCCAGAGUUCGAAGAUGAUGAGGGGUUCGAAGACCAUAUCAAAGAGGCGCAUCUAGUACCUUUAUCGUGGCACGUUGGCGACGGACCAAAUAACCUUGCAGAGCGGGGUUUGAAGAAGGAGGAGGAUGACAAUAUACCAGACUAUCUCAAAGACGAGCAUGGCAAUCAGGUGACGCCUUCAAUCCGAGAUCAAGAUGAGGAGGAUCUGUUGACAUGGAGGAAGAACCGUCGCAAACUCAAGGAGUUGCUUAUCCGUAUGAACGACAAUCUCCCCGACGAGGUCGACGAAGAGGGGGGCGUCAAGCAGCAAGAUGAUUGA